AUGUCGCAGGCGCCGACAUUCCCCAGCUCGUCCUCGUCCGCGCCCGCGUCGGUCCUCGCGUCGGGCUCGGCUUUGGAGGCCGAGAAACACGCGAGGGUGGCUGGUGAAGGGGAAGCCUCAUCCUCAUCCCCGCGCGCCCCUAAGCCACGCAGCUGCGUGACUUGUCGAACCAGGAAAGUUCGCUGUGAUAAAAAGUCCCCAUGUUCAAAUUGUCGUCGCGCGAAUAUCUCCUGUGUUCUCCCAUCUACAGAUCGACAGCCAAGAUGGGCGCGGCGUCUCCAGCAGGGACCCUCCGGCGACGUCAUGAACCGACUGAGAAGCCUGGAGAAUCUCGUCAAGCAUCUCAGCAGUCAGCUUGAUGAAGCUCAUGCUGCUGCUUCUGCUUCUGCUGGGGGCUCACCCGGUGUGAAUUUCAGCGGCAGUGGCAGUGGACAUGAAGCAGACGCUAAUAAUCGAAUUGGUAGUCUGUCUGCAAAACCGGGUAAGAUGGACACACAAUUUGGGAGACUCGUCGUCGAAGAUCCAAAUCGCAGUCACUAUGUUGGCAGUGGUUUUUGGUCACGGGUUAAUGACGAGUUGAAUGACCUGAAGAUGGACACACAACAUCUAGCCCUGGAGGGGAAUGAAAGCUCAGAUGAUGAAGAAUCAUUCGGACAGACUCCAUCCACCCAAGAGCUUGAGCGGAGCCCUCUCGAACGAAAUUCGUUCUUCUUUAGACAUAAUCUCAACCCGGCUGCCCCCGAUCUUCGGGAGUUUCACCCACUGCCGUCGCAGAUUCCUUUCAUUCUGGAUAUUUUCUCAGAGAACGUGAAUUCUGUCACUCAAUGCGUGUACAUGCCUGCCGUUACCAAGAUGAUUCGGGAGCUGCGAGGCGACACGACCCGGCUGACGGCGGUCAAUGAAGCCCUAUUGUUCUCAAUCUAUUAUGCAGCAAUCACAUCCAUGGAAAACGACGAUAUCGUCAUCAACUUCGGGUGCACAAAGCAGGAGCUGAAUCUUAAAUAUCGCCUUGGUCUUGAACAUGCCCUCGCAAAGGCCGAUUUUCUCAAUGUCCCUGAUCUCACUUUAGUACAAGCCUUUGUGAAUUUCCUUGCCCUUCUCCGCCGACACGACAGCCCGAGAUUUGUUUGGAUGAUGACUGGUCUGGCCAUCCGCAUGGCUAUCUCACUGGGACUUCAUCGGGAUGGCUCGAAAUUUGCAAACUUGAGUCCAUACGAUGUCGAGAUGAGGCGCAGAGUCUGGUGGAGCAUUUGCAUGCUUGAUGUUCGAACAUCAGAAGACCAAGGAACUGAGUUCACUAUCACCGAAGGGAGUUUCGAUACCAAAAUCCCUUCCAAUAUUAACAACGCAGAUAUAGGGCCAGAUAUCCAAGAGAUGGCCCCUGAAAGGGAGGGGCUGACCGAUAUGUCAUUUCCGCGAAUGUCUGCUCAAACAGUCAUGAUUGUAAGGGAGAUGAUGGCAAAAAACGCCCAAUCACCGAGCAUUGAGGAGCAGAGCCGCCUGCUACACGAGAUCUACCAGAGCACCGAAGAAAUCUAUCUGAAACACGCGACCGAAUCGAGUAUUGCGUACUGGGUUUCAGUCACGAUCGCGCGUCUAGUCACUGCCAAGAUGACCUUAUUUGUGUAUCUUCCGCAUCUAUUUUCUUCCCCUAGUGAACAACUCACGAGCGAAAUAAGAGCUAAACUCCUCGUUUGCGCGAUCGAGAUUGCGGAAUACAAUCAUGCUCUUAAUUCCGAGCAGGCAUGUCGCCACUGGCGCUGGGUCUACCAAACAUACACUCACUGGCAUGCAAUCGUCUAUAUUCUAAUUGAGAUUUGUCGAGUACCGUGGUCGCCUGUCGUGGAAAGGGCUUGGAUUGCCCUUCACAGUGCCUGGUUGAUUCCUCCACAGUCACACAUGAAUCAAAACACACAAUUUUGCUUCCCGCUGAAAAGAUUAAUGUCAAAGGCUCAAACUCAUCGUCGAAGCGAGACUGUGCGGCUAAGAGGUGACCCCCAAGCCGUCGCAAGUCUCGAAGAAGAGUAUGAGAAAAUACAGCUUCCUGCUAGUCCCGAAUUGGCUUCCAACGGAGCAAUUUCAUCACUCGAACGAUGGCGCCAGCUUGUGACGGAUCAUGGGGAUGAGACAUACGGGAAAAAAGACGAUAUUGUUGACAUUGGCAACAAAUCGUUCAUGCAUACAGGUCUUGGGUCUACUUCAGCAUCUGGCUUUCAGUCCCUUCAUGCCACUGCUAGCUCUAACUCGUCCACACUCAAUCCAGCAGACGUUGGCCCCGUGGGCUUUGGCUCGGCUAUACAAUCUGAUUCCUUCCCGCAAGGAUCUGGAAAUAUUAUGCAACAAGCAGCAGGCAUUUUCCAAGAAGUUCCAACAUACCAGCCAAACGGCGAGCCAAUUGGUCCAGGGAUAGUUCCUUGGUUGUGGGACGAGGAAAUCCCGUCUGAUCCAAAUGUUUUGUCUACGGAUAUCAACAUGGAGAUUGAUGAUAUUGAUUGGUAUGGUUGGGUUGAUUCUGCCAAAGGCAUGCAAUGGGAUGGAGGGCCCAGCAGUAGUCUUUGA